AAAAAAGACUCGUAACCGAUCCGCAACACUUCUUCAAUUAUUUACACCGCUGGACCGACACCAAAAAUAGCUCCGCCGACCCGGGCAGCUCGCUUUUGUUGUCUUUUGAGAAAAGCGUUGACUCUUCUCCGCGGUUGUAAACAGGUCGCGUGAUAUGGCUGCAACACCCUGCAUUUCUCAGAUGGAGAUUUGAAGAAGGAAGGCUGGAUUGCAGAUCACGGAUUUGACGCCCCAGUAUCCGGUUUAAGUUGGAGACAACAUGGACUCCUUCAGUACGAAGAACCUGGCCCUGCAGGCCCAGAAGAAGCUCAUGAGCAAGAUGGCGACCAAGACGAUGGCCAACCUCUUCAUCGACGACACCAGCAGCGAAGUCCUGGACGAGCUGUACCGCGUGACCAAGGAGUACACCCGCAACCGCAAGGAGGCGCAGAAGAUCAUCAAGAACCUCAUCAAGAUGGUGGUGAAGCUGGGGGUUCUGUACCGCAACGGCCAGUUCAACAACGAGGAGCUGGCGCUGGUGGAGCGUUUCCGCAAGAAGGUGCACACCCUGGCCAUGACGGCGGUCAGCUUCCACCAGAUCGACUUCACUUUCGACCGGAGGGUCAUGAGCGGCCUCCUGAACGACUGCAGGGAGCUUCUGCACCAGGCCAUCAAUCGUCACCUGACGGCCAAAUCCCACGCACGCAUUAAUCACGUCUUCAACCACUUUUCCGACUGUGACUUUCUGGCUGCGCUGUACAGCCCCUCCGAGGUCUACCGGGCCCACCUGCAGAGAAUCUGCGACGGGGUCAACAAGAUGCUGGAUGAAGGCAGCCUUUGACACCAUAUUUUGGCCUCCUGGAGCUCUUACAUUGUUCGUUUGUUGUUUUUUUUACUUUGUAUGUGAACAUUUUUCCAUUAUUUCUGUUGUUUUUGUUUAACCACCGUCCACCAAAGGCUUUAUUAAGCUGUUUCUGGCCCAGCGUGCUUCUCGUGGGAGGACCCUAACACGAACAGCUGCCCCAAGUGGCCUUUCCGUGACAAUGCACCACCCUCAUGUUUUCGUGCUUAAACCAUUCAAGGAAGAGCAUGACUCAUAUUUUAAACACCCGCUCCUGUAUGGCUGGAUUAUUCAGGGUUGCAGAUUGUUUAAACUAUGAAAGGAAAUGCUGAGGGAGCAGAUGGACGUGCUUUUCCCAUAUUUCUCGAUGAGUGGAAUCAUAUAAUCGAGCAUUUUUAAUGCACUAUAGUGAUUAACUUUUAAUGAAGGAGAUUUUUGUUUCAUCUCUUACAUGGGAUUAAGGUUUACAUUGUACCCUUUCAUGUUUUUGAUUAAGAAAAUAUCAUGCCAGCUUGGAAUGACUGUAGCUUGUGAUCAAAGGACCAAUGUACACAAUCUCUGCAAACGUUUUUAAUCUUUUUUAUGUUUUAACGCC